GAUGAUUGAACGAUAGCAUAUCUUUUAUUUAGUAGGAACGAAUUAAAGUAAAUAAACGUUAAUGUAAUUGUCGGAAACAGUCCAACACCGUGAAGGUGUAGUGCCGGGGUGGGCGGAUACAAGAUAUGGCCGAGAAUAGAAGUUCGGACAACGUCGUCAUGCCGGACAUUACCGAAGUAUCCGAAGCCGAUCCAUUGUCGACGGCGACCGAGCACGACAACGAGCGGGUGGAGGGCACGUCUGUGUUGUCUACCACCAUCAAAAACACCCGGCUGUCCAAUGAUUCUAACGGAGUUGUGACUGUACCAGUCUCGUUGCCAGUUGGGACGCUCAUCGCGGGUACCACCUUCAACGUGAUCACGUCAGACCAUUUGCCGCAUUUCAAGCCAAUGAUCUGCGUUGACAAUGGUUUUAUUUCGGGUGGGCCAGUGAGCGAUGAGUUAAAAGCAACACACAUCGUCAUCCAGAACCCUCCUUCUCCUACUCGAACUAAUUGCGAGGAUGUGGUGGUAGCUGCGCCUGCGCCGCGAUCGAUGAGUGCACGAUCAUGGACGGAGACUGCGAACAUGCCAGUGCUGCCGGUACGCUGUAAAAAUACAUCAGCAGAGCUCCACAAAAAUAAAUUCGGUUCAGGGGGCAGAGGCAGGUGUAUCAAAUACGGCAUAGAGUGGUACACUCCUAGUGAGUUCGAAGCUCUAUGUGGCAGAGCCUCUAGCAAAGAUUGGAAGAGGUCUAUAAGGUUUGGUGGAAGAAGUAUUCAAGCUCUCAUUGAUGAGGGUAUUUUGACUCCACAUGCUACAAGUUGCACUUGCGGAGCUUGCUGUGAUGAUCAAUCUGCCAUGGGACCAGUGAGACUAUUCACUCCAUAUAAAAGAAAGCGAAAGGAAGAAAGAAGUGAGAAGAAACCAAAAAUUAAAAGAGAAAGCAGCAUUGGAGAGAGUGAAGUGGAUAACAUACACCAGAGCAGUGAGAAUAGUCACUCAAAAGAAGCUUGGCAGAGCAUCGCUGAGGGUUUGGAAACUACUACAGAUUACCAGAUACUGGGGAACCCUGAAAUCAAGACUGACCCCCCUCCAACAGAUGUACCAGACAUGAGCGCUGUUUUAAAACGUCUAGAUGACAUCAGUGAAACCCUAGUGAGGCUGUCCACGGAACUAAAGCAAUGUGUAGAAGAUGUUAGACGGGUCAGUGCUCGACAACUAGAGCGCUUGGAGCAAGAACGGACGUCAGCCCUACUCGCUGCCAGUGUCGAUGAUCAGGUUGAUCCUGAGCAAGUAUUAUUGCAUAAUGUUGAAGAUACAGAAUCUAAGAAGGUACAGUGCGCUAAUUGCAACCGUGAAGCAUCAGCAGAAUGUUCUUUAUGCAGGCGUACACCAUAUUGUUCCACAUAUUGUCAGAAGAAGGACUGGGCUUCACAUCAGAUUGAGUGCCUACGAUCGGUGCCAGCAAUACAUACUGAUGCACAACAGCACCAAUCAAUAAUGCUGAUUGUUGAAAGCCAGCACCAAUAGAAGGCAAAAUUAAGUCAUCCUUGAGCAAUAAGAUUAUUUCUUUGAAAAACCUAAAUUGCGGUCAACGGGAAGAUCACAUUAUAUUUGGAGAAUUUUUUUGACCCGAUGUGAACUUAAACAAACAUUCUGAUAGUGAUAAAUUCAACAUUUAACAAAAUCUGUUUUGAUCUUGAAGUAACUGAAACAAAGAUAAAAGUUGUGUGUAUAUCGAUAAAAAAGCAAUGUAUUGUAACAUUCAUUUUGACGGGAAUUUCCAGUCAAUUCUAGCAUAACAUAGCCAGUACAUUAAGUAUUGGAACAUGAAUACCUCAUUCACCACUUAGAAAAUGGUAAAUUAUACCAGUGCUAUUGUUACCACCGACGCUAAUGCUAUUAUGGCUUCCAGUGACCACCCUAACACAUUGACCAUCAUAAAAAAAUCGAGUAUUUUCAUUAAGGCCACGGUGCUCACCAGUGAGCCUUAUCUUACUGAACCAUUCGGGCCAUGAGGGUCAUCUGUGGGCCGCCUGAGGGUUCCAACGUAAACGCUUCCUACAGGCUAAAGAUUGUAGCUAUCAAGCAAAACGCGUAUGAAAGUGAGCCACGUGGCCCUUUAGCAGAAUCUAACGACGUGGUUUUCAAAUCCAAUGUAAACUUU